AUGAAGCAAGAAACAGUAGUCCUCAUAGUUGGAGCUGGUCCUGCUGGUAUAGCUACUUCUGCUUGUCUAAACCUCAAAAAUAUUCCAAAUUUAGUUCUAGAAAAAGAUGAUUGUUGUGCUUCUUUAUGGAGAAAAAGGUCUUAUGAUAGAUUGAAACUUCACUUAGCAAAUCAAUUUUGUGAACUUCCCUACAUGUCAUUUCCUCCAAAUUCACCAACUUUUGUGUCCAAAAAAGGUUUUCUUGAAUAUUUGGAUAGUUAUAUCACCAAUUUCUGUGUUAAUCCUUUGUAUCAACGUGCCGUUGAGUCUGCAUUUUUCAACUGUGUUGAUAACAAAUGGCAUGUUAAGGCGAUGAACGUCGAAAAAAAUAUUAUUGAGAAUUAUGUUGCUAGGUUUCUUGUUGUUGCUACUGGAGAAAAUGGUGAAGGUUUUAUUCCAAAAAUUGAAGGAUUAGAUGGCUUUGGUGGGACAAUCAUGCAUUCUAGUGAGUAUGGAAAGUGCAAGAAUUUUGAAGGUAAAGAUGUUCUAGUUGUUGGUUGUGGAAAUUCUGGUAUGGAAAUUGCCUAUGAUUUAUCUAAUUGGGGUGCUCAGACCUCCAUUAUUGUUCGUAGCCCUGUACACAUACUCACGAAGGAAAUAGUCCAAAUGGGAAUGAGUUUGCUGAAAUACAUUCCUUGUAAUAUAGUGGAUAAAACUGUGAUGAUUUUAAGCAGAUUAAUAUAUGGAGAUCUUUCUGUCUUUGGGCUACAUAGGCCAAAUAAGGGUCCCUUUUAUCUUAAGAAAGCUACUGGUAGAUCUCCUGUUAUUGAUGUUGGAACUGUGGAUCAAAUCAAAACAGGAAAAAUCAAGGUUUUACCUUCGAUCAAGAAAAUCAAAGGAAAUUAUGUUGAAUUUGCUGAUAGUAAGAUGGAACGGUUUGAUGCCAUGGUUUUUGCUACAGGUUACAAAAGCACAGUUACAAAGUGGCUCAAGGAUGAUGGAGUGUUAUUCAAUGAAAAUGGGAUGCCAAAAAGGAGAAGUCCUUGUCACUGGAAAGGGGAGAAAAAUAUUUAUUGUGCAGGAUUUGCCAACGCUGGAUUAUUUGGAAUUUCGUCCGAUGCCAAGAAUAUUGCUGAAGAUAUCAAUACGAUUUUGAUACAAACUGGUGGUGGGGCGGGUGAUGCAUACCUCAACAUUUAA